AUGCUCACCAUGGAAAGCGAGACUUCGCAGAGCCCGGCGCAGCGCCGCUUCAUGCGCCCCAGUAUGCGGUCGGCGACAAUGAUCCAGCCGAGAACUGGCGAACGCGUCAAGAAGGCCUUCACCCUGCGCAGAUCUCGACAUCGCCGCACCCGAUCCGCCGAGAUCCUCCUUGCUCCCGGCCAGUUCGAAACUGAGAGAUACCGUGAGAUGAGCAGGAAAGAGCUGCUUGUUGAGAUGAUCAAGUACAAGUUUCGACAAGGCUAUGCAUACACGACAAGCCAGACCGGCGUUGGCAUCCUGAAAUGUUCUCUGGCCUAUGUACUCGGGUCGCUGGCUACCUUUGUCCCCUUCAUAGCUGCACUGUUGGGUAGGAAUGACGGCAAACACAUCGUUGCGACAAUUACCGUCUACUUCCAUCCAGCACGCUCAGCCGGUAGCAUGCUUGAGGCUGUCAUGCUUGCCUUUGCCGCCUUUCUCUAUGCUGCGGGCGUCUCCUUCUCCAGUAUGGCCGUAUCGGCCUACUUUGGGAACAAUAACCUUCUAGUAGUUGGCCAUGUCAUAGUGCUCAUUGUCUUCUGUGGAGGUGGUCUCGGGCUGGUUGGAUGGACAAAACAAAGGCUCGGCAAUCCGCUGGUCAAUGUGGCCUGCUCCCUGACUUCCCUUGCCCUCAUUACCAUUUUGACGAAAGAGGGAGCUGUCCAGGCUGCUACAUUCUCCUAUGUCAAAAUAUGGCAGGUGCUAAAGAUGGUUAUCAUGGGCUGUGCUGCAUCGACAGCUGUGUCUCUUCUAGUAAAGCCAACGUCGGCGCGUAGCGAGUUCCGCGACACUUUUAUCAAGUCCACCGAUGCCAUGGCAGAGAUGUUAAACGGCAUUGCGCUCAGUUUCCUCUCCGGGUCUGAACAAGACCUCAAGAGCGACUCGUAUGUCAAAGCUUCAGAUCGGCUGCAAACGACGUUCAAAUCCCUAAUUAAGAAUCUUGGGGAAGCCAAGUUUGAACACUAUGCGUUGGGCACUGAAGCAGAGUAUAAGAUCAACGCAAGGCUGGUCAAAUGCGUUGAGACGCUGAUGCAGAGUUUGGGUGGAUUGCGAAGUGCUGCCGAGACGCAGUUUACGUUACUUGCUCAGCCGGCGCCCGAUGAGGCAGCUUCUCAGCCUAUGCCUACCAAUGGAACGGUCACUUCUUCGAUCUUCUCAGAACAAGCCAUGUCGCAAAGUCCUCAGCUGAUUUCUCCCACGCUAAGGCAUUCAGAUAGGCGGGGCAGCAUGCUCGCCUCUAUCGAUGAAUUACCAGAAAGCUCCAACGCGUCCGCGAUCUGCUCGGCUGCUGAAUCCGACGACGAAUCCAAUCCAGUGAAUCAAAUGCUGGCCAAAUCUAUCAAUCUCUCAAAGUCCAACCUCACACCUGCUGACAUCUUUUCUGUCUUCAUAGCUCAGUUGGGCCCACCAAUGAAAUCACUUGCAUACACCCUACGUGAAGUGCUUUCUGAAUUACCAUUUGGACCUGGACCAGAGUACAACAUGGCUAUCAACGAGCACUUCCGGCACAGCCUAGUAGAUGCGAAGGCUCUCUUCGCGGACGCACGACGAGAGGCUCUUUCAGGUAUCUACACAAACAAAAUUCCAACUAGGACAAGCUCGGCAGCAGUGGCAGCCGACUUUGAAGAGGUUGCCGCAAGCUGCGGGUACUUCAGUGCGUCAUUGAUUGAUUUUGCUGAAGAUAUGGUGGGGUUCCUUGACAUUCUUGAGGAGCUCAAGGCCAAUGUCAAUCGCUAUCCGCGGCAGAGAACUUACAACUGGCUGAAGUUCUGGAAAACUUGGCACAAGAAGAGCUAUUCUGGCGACGACUCCGAAGUGGCUAAUUUUAUGCAAGAAACAGACCCCCAGACAGUGGGAGGCUCGCGCGAAAUUCAUAAUCCUAUUUACCGGAAGUCGACACGUGGAGAUCCGUACAAGCCAGAAAAUGAACAGCCACUAUCCUACAGAAUAUGGACGUCACUUGCCGUCUUUAGAAGAGACGACCUCAAAUAUGCUGUCAAGGUUGGCAUUGGUGCAGUACUCUGGGCUAUGUGGUCCUUCAUUUCAUCGACAAGAGGCUAUUACAGUCGGUGGCGUGGCGAGUGGGGUCUAUUGUCGUACAUGUUGGUUUGCUCUAUGACCAUAGGUGCUUCCAACACUACAGGGUACCAGCGUUUUGCUGGUACCUGUCUGGGUGCUGUGCUAGCAAUUGCUGCAUGGAUCGCAGCUGAUGAACACGCUCUUCUCCUGGGCUUUUUUGGCUGGCUCAUUUCCCUGUUCUGCUUCUACAUCAUUGUCGGCAAGGGCAAGGGACCUAUGGGUCGUUUCAUCUUGCUGACGUACAACCUUUCUGCGCUCUACGCCUACUCUCUUUCCGUUAAGGACGACGAGGAUGACGAUGACGAAGGUGGCAUCUCACCUGAAAUAUGGGAGAUUGUAAUGCAUCGAGUGGUUGCUGUUAUGGUUGGUUGCCUUUGGGGUAUUAUCGUAACAAGGAUAAUCUGGCCAAUUUCUGCACGCCGUAAGCUCAAGAAAGGCACGUCCUUGUUGUGGCUCAAGAUGGGAUUGAUAUGGAAACGCGGGCCACUUAAGACUGUCCUUGAAUCCAAUGAGCACACAAGCAGGACACAGUCGUUCAUGUCCGAACGCGAGGAGAUUGAACUUCGGAGAUAUCUAUCUCAUUUGGAGACACUGCGCGUAGCGGCUGCCGCGGAGUUUGAGCUCAGAGGCCCCUUUCCUAAUAGGAGUUUUCAGAUUAUCCUUGGUGCGACCAGUCGCCUACUGGACAGUUUUCACGCAAUGAAUGUGGUCAUACUAAGAGAGUUGAAAGCGUCGGAUGGUGAGAAGGAGGCUCUGAGUUAUACAAAGAAAGAGUGGACAGAGCUGAGUUGGCGUAUCAGUCAUUUGUUCUCAGUCAUGGCCUCCUCUAUGAAGCUAGCAUACCCGCUCAAUGAUGUUCUACCCAACAUCGAACACACACGUGAUCGGUUGCUUGCCAGAGUCUUCGAGUUUCGACAGCAGGAUCUCGGCAAAACCAUUGCUACGGACGAAGAUUACGAGUUGUUGUAUGCCUAUGCAUUGGUGACUGGACAACUCGCGCACGAUUUGAACGUUAUCGGACAGGAGAUCGAGAAACUAUAUGGUAUCCUGAGCGAAGAGGACCUGAAGUUGCAGGUCAACCUCCGCACUCAGAAGCGCCUCGCGGCCUCCGUGGUCGGUUGCGGAAAGCGCAAGAUCUGGCUCGACCCCAACGAGGUCAGCGAAAUCGCCAACGCCAACUCCCGCCAGACCGUCCGCAAGCUCGUUCAGGAUGGCCUCAUCAUCCGCAAGCCCGUCACCAUGCACUCUCGUGCCCGCGCCCGGGAGCUGAACGCCGCCCGACGAAUUGGCCGACACCGUGGUUUCGGUAAGAGGAAGGGUACCAAGGACGCUCGUAUGCCAAGGUAUGCAAUCACCCAAAUCGUCUGGAUGCGCCGUCUCCGUGUCCUCCGCCGUCUCCUCGUCAAGUACCGCGCCGCCGGCAAGAUCGACAAGCACCUCUACCACGAGCUCUACCUCCUCUCCAAGGGUAACACCUUCAAGCACAAGCGUGCUCUCGUUGAACACAUCCACAAGGCCAAGGCCGAGAAGGCCCGCGAGAGGGUCAUCAAGGAGGAGAUGGACGCCAAGCGUGCGAAGACCAAGGCGGCUCGCGAGAGGAGGCAGGAGCGUAUCCAGCAGAAGCGCCAGGCUCAGCUGGGCGACGAGGAGUAA